UUUCACACGUCAGCCUUUCUCAGCUCAACGUGUGAUUCUCAGCUCUCUGGUUCAUUUCUGCAGUGAAGACGUCACUUUGAUCACAGCUCAGAAGCUGCAGGUUCAAACUGUCUGUGUUAUACAUGAGGCACAGACAACUCCCAGAAUCCACCUCUCUCUGUAGUCACACCUGAUUUUAAGGAUUUAACUUAAUAUCAAAUAUCAGAACCUCCUCGAGUUCUGGAAUCUUCAGGGUCGUUGUUCAGCGUAACUCAGCGUCUCCUCCUCUCGUCUCAGGUGAUUCUUCCAGAGCAGCAGGUGGACUCCAUCUCCCAGAAUGCCUGAGCAGAGUAACGACUACCAGGUGGUGGUGUUCGGAGCCGGUGGCGUGGGGAAGAGCUCGCUGGUCCUUCGAUUUGUUAAAGGCACCUUCAGAGACACCUACAUUCCCACUGUGGAGGACACGUACAGACAGGUCAUCAGCUGUGAUAAGAGCGUCUGCACGCUGCAGAUCACCGACACAACAGGAAGUCAUCAGUUUCCCGCCAUGCAGCGCCUGUCCAUUUCCAAAGGCCACGCCUUCAUCCUGGUCUACACCAUCACCAGCCGCCAAUCACUGGAGGAGCUGAAACCGAUCUACCAGCAGGUCGUGGCCAUCAAGGGCAGCGUGGAGUCCAUUCCCAUCAUGCUGGUGGGCAACAAGAGCGAUGAGAUGGCCCAGCGGGAGGUGGAGACAAAGCAGGGCGAGGCUCAGGCCGCCGCCUGGAAGUGUGCCUUCAUGGAGACGUCAGCCAAGAUGAACUCCAACGUGAAGGAACUGUUCCAGGAGCUGCUGACGCUGGAGAAGAAGAGGGACAUGAGUCUGAGCAUCGAUGGGAAACGGUCGGGGAAACAGAAGCGAGCUGACAAGCUGAAGGGGAAGUGCAGCGUCAUGUAGAGCGACGGCAGGACACCCCCCCAACAGCUCUUCUUCUUCUUUUCUUCUUCCUCUUCUUCUUCUUUUCUUCUUCUUCUUCUUCUACUUCUUCGUUGGUGUCAGAGCACUGAAGCCCAGAGGAACAAAAUGAUGAGAAUCGAACUGGAACAUUUCUCCCGGGGUUCUCAACUGUGAUGUGGCCCCAAAAUAUAGUUUUACAUGUUGAGCUCCUGCCUCCAGCGGCACUGUAAUAAAGGAACA